AGUCAAAUAUCAAAAUUGCGUAUUCACUGCAUCAUUUCAUAGGACCAAUCAAAUCAUUUUGGGUUGAAAAGUGACAUUAUGGGAAUCUUCGCUUGUUUUUUGAUCAUCCUCCAUAUUACGAGAGGACACAAGUAUGAUACAUAUGAUGCAUACAACUGCGGUAAAUCGCAAAUAAAUGCUGCACGAAGCUCAUUAGGAGUAAGAACCAGACGAUCUUACAUAGCUGAUGCUCACUCUAAUGACACAAGCAUUGGCGGCGAUUCAACGAGUCAAGAGUUAGACGAUAACGUCACUGACGAUGAGGAUGAGGACGAUUUCAUGCAAGAAAAGAUAAUGGGAGGCAGACGAGCUGAAAGAGGUGAACUUCCAUGGGCAGUAUUGCUUCACGUUUGGAAAAAGAAGUCUUCAAGAGAUGGAAGCACAACUUUGUACGGAGGAAUAUGCGGUGGAACGCUGAUUUCAACACGACAUGUUAUCACUGCAGCUCAUUGCUUCCAGGCAACGGAGAGCGAAGGUCAAUGCAGCACCUCAAACAUGGUCUCACCGGACUUUGUGAUAAACAAUACGGAAGUUUUUAUUGGCGGCACUUGCAGUUCGACAGGCAGAUUUGGUUGUACUAAGUCAGAUAUUGGUAGAGUUUACAAAGUUGCCCGCGCAUUUUACGAGGAUUAUUUCAAAUUUGGCUGCACAGACACUCACGACAUAGCGAUUCUUGAGUUGGCUAAGGAUGUGCCAAAAACAAUAAAUCAUGUUUGCUUACCUUUUAUGCAUAAAGUGGAGGAAUUAGAAGAUCCUUAUCUAAAACUAAGAACGUUUGGAUGGGGAAGAGAUCCACUUAAUCAUGACAACAAUCUUUCACCUUACUUGCAAAUGACGGACUUAGGUGCAAAACUACCGGAAAUAGAGUGCAGGAAAUCUUCUAAAGCAAAAGAUACGUUCUGUGUCAAGUCCGGUCAGCAGGAAUUUUGCAGAGGUGACAGUGGCGGAGGAGUAACAGCAAAGAUUCGUGGAAGAAAUUACUUGAUGGGGGUAGCUAUUGCGGGACCUCCUUGUGAUAUGGUUGCCAAAGAUGUUAAAGCUCGUUCUCAUCCACAGACCUGCACUGACAUUAUGUACUACAAGAAGAUGAUCGGAACAUGGAUUCUGGCAAAAAGAAGUAGAAAACCCAAAGUUGUGAAUCUACCUUACAAAAAGCUCCAUCGUUUGCUUAAACCGAUAACAAACCCAUACUGGAAAAACGACCCAUUGAGUAGCAUUUUUUACCUACCCAUAUUUAAUCCUUUCCCGAUGUUUUGAUGAUGCUACUUUUGUUGUUAUACACAAACCCGAAGAAGUAAGCACGACAUCAAAUGUGACAGACCAUUU